CCAAUUUCCUGAUCAAGGGCAAAAACCAAAACUUCAUAUUGAUCAAACAACCCUCAGCCAUGGCUUCCAUCAGCAAUUACGUCUUCUCAACCUGCAAACUCUCUCCACCGAAAAGACCCAUCUCAAUUUCAACCCCCUUAUCCUUCUCUUCAUCUAAAUGUUUCACUCAAUCAAGAAACAGUCAUGUACUGAUCAAAUCCAUCGCAGAGGACAGGGAAGUGGUUACGGAAAAGAUUAGCAUCUCCGAUCUCAAACAAGACGAACAAAGUGGAAAUGGAUUGGAAGGGGGAGACAAGGAAUUUGUUGUUCGAGAUGGGUCGGAAGAAAUUGAUAGAUUUAUGGGUAAAGCAGUUAAUGCUUCUAUUGUUCUUGGUUUUGGUACUCUUGCUGUCACUAGGCUGCUCACCAUCGAUCAUGAGUAUUGGCAUGGAUGGACCCUUUAUGAGAUACUAAGAUAUGCUCCUGAGCACAAUUGGAUUGCUUAUGAAGAAGCUCUUAAAGAAAAUCCUGUUUUGGCUAAGAUGAUGAUAAGUGGUAUUGUUUACUCUAUAGGCGAUUGGAUUGCACAAUGUUACGAAGGGAAGCCUCUAUUUGAGUUCGACAGGACUCGGUUGUUUCGAUCAGGGCUUGUGGGAUUCACUCUCCAUGGAUCUCUUUCCCAUUUCUAUUACCAAAUAUGCGAGGCUCUUAUCCCUUGGAAAGACUGGUGGGUAGUUCCAGCAAAAAUUGCGUUUGACCAAACAGUAUGGUCAGCAAUUUGGAACAGCAUCUAUUUUGUGGUUUUGGGAUUAUUACGAUUUGAGUCCCCCACCAAUAUAUCAAAUGAACUCAAAGCAACAUUCUUCCCCAUGUUAACAGCGGGAUGGAAGCUAUGGCCAUUUGCACAUUUAAUAACAUAUGGUGUAGUUCCUAUUGAGCAAAGACUUCUUUGGGUGGAUAGUGUUGAGCUUGUGUGGGUAACGAUACUUUCCACAUACUCCAAUGAGAAAUCGGAAGCACGGAUUUCAGAUACACAAGGAGACAUAGACACGCCUUCUUCAUCAACAAACAUCUCGGAGUCGGAGGAAUAGUUAUGAAGAAUUUGCAAAACUCAGCAGGCGGAUGGGGGGUGGAUGAUCAAAGAAACAAUAAUCAUUGAUUGUAUGUUGUUUUUUGGAAAUAAUUGUUUAAAGGAUGCGUGGCUAAGCUUUACAUGUAAUCCUUGUUGUAAAAGAUAGAAUCAUAGAAUGAUUAUAUUUAGAAUGUUUAUAUUGUAUGAGUAAAUAUGAUAAAUAUAGGAUUUAAUGAUUAUACCAUUAA